CAACUCAAAAAAACCAAGGAAGCGGAGAACAAAAAAUAGUCCUAGACAAGUAGAGCGAAAGCGCAAUGAGCGCCGAGCACGCACGCCACCGGCUCCGGCUAAAACCCUAGCGGCGGCAGCGGCGCUCGAGCGCGCGCGAAUGCCCCUCGCUCUCCUCGCCCGCGCCGCUCUCUUCUGCUCCGUCGCCAUGCCGCCCACCACGCGCUCCUCCAGGAUGCUUCGUGCCGCCCAUGCGGAGCUCAACCCAGAUGUCAAAGAGGUGAAAUGUGAAUCCAGUAUUUCUUUUGAAUUGUCCAAACCUGAAGUGGUUUCUUCCGUGAAGAGGAAAAAUGUUAAGCGGGUGCUUGAAGUUACUGAGGAGAAUCUUAAAAAAAAGGUUGGUAUUGUUCCUGACAUUGAAGAUUUUCGAUAUGGCAAGGCAUCCCCAUCUUUGGUUAGGUUGGAGAAAAAGGUCAGAGUUUCAUCUGUUAUAAAAGCUGGAGCUCCAGAAAAUUGGGAAGCAAUCCUUAAGGGUAUUAAAAACAUGAGGUUAUCUGGCGAGGCCCCUGUAGAUACAAAGGGCUGUGAAAAAGCUGGUUCUCUUCUUCCACCCAAGGAAAGGAGAUUCGCAGUUCUGGUAUCAACCAUGAUGUCAAGCCAAACAAAAGAUGAAGUUACACAUGCUGCUGUUGAACGUCUAUCUGAGAAAGGGUUACUUGAACCGAAUGCUAUUGUCAGAACAGAUGAGGUCACACUAGCAAAUCUUAUCAAACCUGUUGGAUUCUAUCAGAGGAAGGCCAAAUAUAUAAAAGAAGCUUCUAAAAUUUGCCUUGAACGUUUUGGAGGGGAUAUUCCAGAUUCUCUGAAUGAGCUUCUUGCUCUGAAAGGAGUUGGUCCUAAAAUGGCUCAUUUAGUGAUGAGCAUUGCAUGGAAAAAUACUCAGGGAAUUUGUGUUGACACUCAUGUGCAUCGCAUAUCUAAUCGUCUUGGGUGGGUUUUCCGAGAAGGAACAAAACAGAAAACUACAACACCAGAGCAGACAAGAAUCUCUCUUGAGAAGUGGCUACCAAAGGAUGAGUGGGAACCUAUCAACCCAUUGCUGGUUGGAUUUGGGCAGACAAUCUGUACUCCACUUAGGCCCAAAUGUGACAUGUGUGGCAUAAACAACAUAUGUCUUUCAGCUUUCAAGGAAUCGUCAAGUCCAAAUCCAAAGCAAAAGAAAAUAAGAUCCUCUUAGAACUUUUGGAAGUGAUGCCUUAUGUAUUUGAUGUAGAUGCAUUAUUUACUGACCUGCUAGAUCAGGAAGAAGGCUCUUCUUUUGGUUGGCAUAUUGUCUGGAUGGUCUUCCUGUCAGCAUCAUUGGUAGAUUAUCUAUUAUUUUGUAUAGCCUAAAUCUAUUCAAUAGAAUGAGUAGGGGGACAUCAGUCUUGCCAAAUUUCCAGCAACUUACCCUGGUAGGGGCAAGUUUUUGUAAACAAUAUAUACCUAGUAGAACAGAGUAGAAAAUGUGCUACCACAUUGGCCUUGCUGGGAUGAUAAUGAAGCUCCAAAUCAUAAUCCUUGGUAGGCUCUAACGACCUUACCAGUCUCAAAUUUAAGUUA